GAACAAGAUUGUUUUGGAUUACUGUAGUUCACGUCAAAUCAAAUCAUCUGUCAUGUUUACUCUCAGCGUCAGUUACAGAAACCCACCCUGAGACAUGAAACAAAAGCUGUUGGUGUUGUUUCAUGGGUUUAGGUUGGAAAGAUGGUUGAUAUGAUUUCCACUGUGGUAGUACAGUAAGACGCCAUCAUAACAAGAGGCCAAUCAGAUCCCUCUCACAUUGUUCCCUCCCACUUGAUAUGAUUAUAUUAAGGCAAUUCAUCUUAUAAUAUGGUCUGAAUUAUUUGCUGUCUCAAGUGGAUUAACAGGAAAAUGCUGAUCAUAUUCCAUCUACUGCUGUUGUUCAGAGCGGGACAAUGCAACAAUGAUGCACCAACUCUUGAGACAAAGAUUGUUGGUGUUGGAGGUGAUGUGAACUUGACUUGUACUCGUGAGAAAUCUGAUUACAGUGCCAACUUAUUUUGGGUCAGACUUGUUUCUGGAAACUUGCCCGAGUUCUUGGGAGGAACAUAUGCCUUUGAUUAUGAUGGUGUUAAUGAGAUUCCUCGCAUCACAGCUAAACAAGAGCCUGGAACUUUUCUUCUGCGUAUCACUAAAACAGAGCUAAGUGAUACUGGAUUGUACUACUGUAUAAAGGUGGAUCUACUAGACAUGACAUUUUUGAACCAAACAUUUCUGAGAAUUAAAGGACCUGAACCUGAUAUCACUGCCAUUGUUCAAGUCCCUCCAUCUGAUCCAGUUCAUCCAGGAGACUCAGUAACUCUGCAGUGUUCAGUCCUCUCUGACUCUGAGAAGAAAACAUGUCUAGAAGAUCACAGUGUGUACUGGUUCAGAGCCGGAUCAGAUAAAUCUCAUCCCAGCUUAAUUUAUGCUCAUAGAAAUAGCACUGAUUAUUGUGAAAACAGCCAUGAAGCUCACUCUCUACAGAAAUGUGUCUACAACUUCUCUAAAAUCAUCAGCUCCUCUGAUUCUGGGACUUAUUACUGUGCUGUGGCCACAUGUGGAGAGAUCAUUUUUGGAAAUGGAACAAAACUGGACAUUGAAGCACUCAACAUGUGGGAUUUACAGAAGGCCAAUGUAGUUCUGUUUCUGUUAUGUGCUGCUUUGACUAUAAGUCUGAUUGUUAUUGCCUUCCUGAUCUACACCAUCAAGAGGAAAACUUUUGAUUGUUACAAAGCUGCAGUUUCUCUGCAAACAGAUGCUACAACAGCCAGUGGUAAUCAGCAAAGAAAACAGAGAGAUGAGGACUCAUUGGCUUAUUCUGCUCCAGCAUUCACCAAAAAGAAAGCUGGCAAAGCAGAAAGAAGGAAAACAAAAACCACAGAGGGAGAGACAGUCUACACUGAUGUCAGGGCCUUUGAAAUAGAUGAAUAAUCCAAACACAGGAUUUGCUAAUAAAUGCUCACGCACUAUUUGUCUGGCACACUGUGGAAAAUAAACACAUCAAGCCUCACAUCAAUUUCACAUCUGAUACUGGUAAGCGUAUUUUAUUUUGAAAACCAUAAAAAUGUUAAUUGUAUAAUUUUGACUGGUCUAUUAGUGUCUUGUUUCUCAGCUUUUUUGUUUUUUUAUCUUCAGGCGGUUGAUCACGCUUCCACUCAAACAGGCCUUUUGAGAUUUAGAUGAAGAUUUAACUUGAGUGGUCGGUUUAGGGACAUUUCCGGUCUCUUUUGUCCCAUAUGCAGUUUUAAGUCCCUUAACUAUGUGUAAAUGCAGUGUAAAACUAUUGUAUUAAA